UUCGAUUCGAGAGGAGAAUAUUAUAUUUUCGAAAUGAAAAUCUUUAUUGUUUUCGUUGUCAUUUUGAGCUUCUUCUUGGUGCCAACCCUGGCUGCUCGCACUCGUUAUCGUCACAAGGUGUCAUUCAGUGCUCAUGACAAUGCUGAUUCUGGAUCGUUCCGCAAAGCGACAUUCGACAAAUAAAUAAUUGAAAUAUACGAACAAAGUUUUAUAAGUUAAA